ACUAUAGAUAAUUUGCCGCACACAAUAACAAUUCGAGAAGAUUUGUAUAUCGAAGAAAAAAUAUACGAUCUAAUAGUAACUGAAGCUACUGAUAUAUGGUAUUGUGAUAUGCUGGAUACAAAUGAUACACCUUUCCUAACAAGACAAGAAGAUGCCGGAGGACCCAGUCCAGAUUAUGCAAUAUAUUUGAAUCCUUGGCCUCAACUAGAUUAUGAUGCCAACAAUAAAUAUCUAUUGACGGUGAAAUGUUACGAUGAUCACCAUACAGCGAGUGGAACAGCUACUAUCUCAAUUAUAAAGAACACAGAUCCUGUCUUCACCAAUCUUGAUAAUUCAGUGACUGUUGAUGCAUUAACACAGGUUAACAGUGAUAUUGUAUUCACUGUUAGUGUUACCGACGAUGAAAAUGACCAGAUCAUUUUUACAAUGACGACUUCACCAGCUGGCGGACCAUUUGAUAUACUUGAUUAUUCGGGAAAAGUUGUUUUAACAGAAAAUGUAUUGCGUCACCAUGCUAGUGCAACAUAUGAUCUAUCAAUAACUGCAAAUGAUGGUUAUAAUACUAUUGGACCUCGAACACUAACAGUAAAUAUUAAUGAUAUCAAUGAUAAACCUGUUUUAUCAAAUUUACCAGCAGACAUGAACUUGUUAGAAAAUGCAGCAUUAUCAACGUCAUUAUUUACUGUCUCUGUCGAUGACCUUGACAUAUCAGAUCCACGUGUUUUUACAGCAACGUUUGGUCCAAGACAGGGUGCAAAGUACUUUUCAAUUGAUAGUAAUGGAGUUAUUUGGACUUCAGCGGUACACAACAUAGAUUAUGAUUACAUCGAGUCCACGUCAAUAAGAGUAUGGGUCAUGGUUACAGAUGAAAAAGAACAUGACGAACAAUUACUGACGAUUCAAAUUAAAAAUCAGAACGAGGCGCCCUCAUUUUCUCAGACUCAUUACUCGAUAUCUAGAGAUGAAAGCAACGAAAGUCUAUCAUUUCCCUUGACAAGGUAUCAUGUUUAUGACCCAGAUGUUGCUAGAGAUGGGGAUGUCCACGAAUACUUUAUCGACUGUGGUACAAACACGUCUAGGUUAUCAAUUAACAACAACACCGGACAGAUAAGUUUUAGAGACGGAUAUGAUCUUGAUAUUGAAGGAACUCCAACAGAUAUUAGUUGCAUAGUAAACGUCACUGACAUCGAUGGUUUAACUGACACGUGUCAAAUAGCAGUCAAUAUCAGAUACGUUAAUGAAUAUACCCCAUUUUUUCCAUAUUCACCGUGGGCGCCAUUGCGACAGUAUCCAGUUACGGUAUAUAGUUAUGAUAUAAUUGGUACCAUUAUAAUCACUAUAACAGCCACUGACAGUGACCUGACAGAGCAUGGUACAUUUUAUUAUUCACUUGUUCAAACGUUCAACGGAAGUGCCGAACUUUUUGGCGUAUUAAACAACGGCAGUGUAUAUAUUAAAAGUGAUUUUAGUAUAUAUGACAAUGGAGCAACAUUUGAUGUGCUCAUGUUAGCUACAGACACUGGUGGUCUCAUAGGAACAGCGACAAUACAAGUGACUAUUCCUGCGCCAACAACGACUACAACCACUACCGAGACGCCAUUACGGUAUACAGAAGAUAUAGUGAAUACAUCACUUCUAUCAUUCGGUGUUGUAGGAGGAAUAGUUGUAAUACUUUUGAUUGGUUGCUUGUUAUUCACUUAUUUUACAUUACCAACGUGCAAUAGGCCAAAAUGUAAUUGCUGUAAACGAAAACCAAAGCCACCUAAACCAAAAGUAAAAACGCCACCACUGCCACCGCCAGUGUACACACCGAUGGAAGCAAUGCCUCUGCCAAGGGGUAUACUGUUGGGGGAGCCAGCAGACGAAAGAGUUUACAUUACUGGAAAAGAUCCUCCAACUAACUUAAAAGGUCGGAACAACAGUCGAGAUGAACGAAUUUAUGAACAAACAUACAGCAAUAGUCAAGCAGGUGAUCCUAAUAAAUGGAUGUUAACCGUAGACAAGGAAGUAAAUAGCAACCAAUCGGCACAGCUGUAAAAUGUACCAUUACUAUCUACUGACAAGUACAACGCAAAUGUUGGAAUAUCUUUGUCAUGUUUGUGACGAACAGGCAUUCUUUGGGUUUCAAUUCAUAUGUAUAUUGAUUGAAAAAUCUUUAUAAUAAAUUGUAUUUACUUA